AGCAUAAGAGAUAUAAGCAGUAUUUAUGUCGACACGACGUUUUAUCUACCUCAAAUGAAACACAUUCCGAGCAGAGUGAGUACAUCGCGUUUUAUAUAAUAACGUUAAGAAUUCAAGCGCUUUCAUUGGUCGAGCGCCAUGAUCUGUUAGAGGACAGGUGCACGGAAUUACGUCGCAAUUAAAGGUAGCCAAUAGCAUUCCCUUAUUUGUAUAGAUCAUAUAUUCGUGAUAUUUGUAAAAUUUCGACUUUUUCAAAUUUCCAAAUGCAAAUUGGGUGGAUAAAAAGUAAGCUACUCACCUGUUUAAUUCGGGGUUUUUCUUUUUAUUAUAUAAUAUUUAGGUGUAAAAUUUAGGUGUUAAAUUUAGGUGUAAAAUUUAGGUGUAAAAUUUAGAUGGAACAUUUAGGUGGAACAUUUAGGUGGAACAUUUAGGUGGAACAUUUAGGUGGAAAAUUUAGGUGGAAAAUUUAGGUGGAACAUUUAGGUGGAACAUUUAGGUGUAACAUUUAGGUGGAAAAUUUAGGUGGAAAAUUUAGGUGGAAAAUUUAAGUGGAAAAUUUAGGUGGAAUAUUCAGGUGGAACAUUUAGGUGGAAAAUUUAGGUGGAAAAUUUAAGUGGAAAAUUUAGGUGGAAUAUUCAGGGGUCAGUUGUUCAAAGGUGGUUUGGCGCUAACCCUGGGUUGAAAUUUAAGCUGCUGUUUUAGUUUAUGUAUUUCUGCACGUCUGUUUAUUUCCAAACGUCAGAGAAGUGAACUCCUACCGAUCCAGACAAGAUAUCUCAAGAAAUAUUUCCAAAUUUAUAGAAAUGCGGUGAGGAAGUUUGGUUUGAGUUUUACAUUAACCUAGCGUUAAGCUAACCCAAAAAUACUAUUAAAAAAUUAAAAAAAAACGUGUAAGAAUUUAAAAAAGAAACGCUCUCCCGCCUCUGAAAAUUUGUGAGAGUGUGACGCUAACCAAGUUUUUUUUUUAUUUGGCCUUAUAUUAAAUUUUAAUUUUUAGGAGUCGACCAAGAAGGCAGUUGUGGAACUUAUAAAACGGCGAGUGAAAUAAAAUGUUCUAACUUUCACGUUUCCUUUCAAGAGAAGCCAGAGAUUAUUCAUAUUUGAUUUCUUUGACAUUGUAGUUGGUUAUCAAAAGGUUGCAAUUACUACGUGAGUUUGCUGUGUAAAGGAAUGUACGGUUAUGAAUAUUUACUGAAGGAAGUUGCCAUGGCUUUGAAUACCAAGGUAUAAAUGCAGUUCAUGUGAUUCAUAUUUUGUAUAUGUAAGCUACUAACAAAAUAGGGCCACUUAUACGAGACAAAAUAAGUCGCGACUUAAAUAAGACGCGAGUUUGUCGUAUAAAUGGUACAAAAUUCUUAUGCAAGACGCGACUUAAAUAAGAACAGGAUUUUUAGCUGUUCUUAUUUAAGUCGCGUCUUAAAUAAGACAUUUUGGAUAAAAAGUCUAACUACACAUGCCCGAAACUUGAAACAACGUAAAAUUGUUAGCCUUGCAUAUUAAAGCAAAAACAAUUAUCAAAACAACAUAGCUAUAGCAAGUAAAUAAGACUAGAGCCGUAGAGAACCAUUUAUACGAUAACUCCGCUUAUAUAAGACGCGUCUUAUGUAAGUCGCGACUUAUUUUGUUCCGUAUAAAUGGCCCUAAUGAGUCAAAACAUUAGAUGACUGGAUGGCAUGGACAACAGUGGGAUUUUCAAAACAAUGAAAAGACAAUGGAACAUUCUGAUCACUGGAUCAUGACUGGAUGACAUGGAGAACAGUGGGAUUUUUAAAACAGUGAAAAGACAAUGGAACAUUCUGAUCACUGAAUCAUGACUGAAUAGCAUGGAGAACUGUGGGAUUUUCAAAACGAUGAAAAGAUAAUAUUACAUUCAAACCACUGGGGUCUGAGUCACGCAAAUCUUUUGUGACCAAAUCUGUGUGACCGCAAGUGUAGUUUUCAUAUUCGUUAGAUUCAUGUGAGUUCAGAAAGGCUGUCGUUAUACAAGAAUCUACCAGACAUGACAAAACAUUUCACGACCAAGGCUGAAAACACAAGAAUCCAUUCUUGCAACUGGGAGGUUUGUUAUAAUUUCAGCUUAUUCUCAUGUAAAAAGAUUAAAAGAAUACUUCUACUGUACUCUGACUCAACCAAACUUCUCCUGUAGUAACACUCGUCUAGGUCAAUAAGAGAUAACCCUUACUGGACCUCUAGAGAAAACAGUUUAGAACUGAUAGAGUUUUCCAGAGUAUUGAUAAAGAUAGUUUUGAAAAUCUUUGACUGUAGCAUGAAAGAAACAUCAACUCAAAGCUGCCAUGUGGAUUUUCACUUCCUGCUCCUGAGAAGGUGAAUGUGAUAAAGAUAAAAGCUACCAGUAUGUGGUUUGCUCGUCGAACUGAACCUUUACCGAGUGACUGUGUAUUGUAAGUGAACCUUACCAUACUCUAUUAUACCAUGUUGCCACACCAUACCACACAGUACCAUAUAAAACCAUAACACACCAUACCACAUAAUAUCACAUAUAUCACACCAUAUCAUACCACAGUGUACAGACCUUGCCAUACCAUACCAUCCAUACCAUACCAUACCAUAUCAUACCAUACCAUACCAUACUAUACCAUAUCAUAUCAUAUACCAUAUCAUAUCAUACCAUACCAUACCAUAACAUAACACACUAUAUACCAUACCACACCAUACCAUACCAUCCAUACCACACCAUACCAUACCAUACCAUACCAUCAUACCACACCAUACUACACCAUACCAUACCAUACCAUACCAUACCACACCAUACCAUACCAUACCACACCAUACCAUAUCAUAUACCAUACCAUAUCAUAUCAUACCAUACCACACCACACCACACCAUACCAUACCAUACCAUAUCAUAUCAUCAUAUCAUAUCAUAUAUCAUAUCAUAUAAUAUCAUACCAUAUCAUACAAUAUCAUGUCAUAUCAUACCGUACCAUACCAUAUCAUAUAUCAUAUCAUAUCAUAUCAUGCUAUACCAUAACACACCAUAUACCAUACCAGACCAUACCAUACCAUACCAUAUCAUAUCAUACUAUACCAUAACACACCAUAUACCAUACCACACCACACUACACCAUACCAUACCAUAUCAUAUACCAUACUAUAACAUAUAUCACACCAUAUCAUACCAUAUCAUACCACACUAUACAAUACCUUGCCAUACCAAACCAUCCAUACUAAUCCAUACCAUACCAUAUUAUAUCAUCGGUAUGGUAUGGUAUGAUAUAGUAUGGUAUGAUAUAGUAUGGUAUGAUAUAGUAUAGUAUGAUAUAGUAUAGUAUGGUAUGGUAUGGUAUGGUAUGAUAUAGUAUGGUAUGAUAUAGUAUAGUAUGAUAUAGUAUAGUAUGGUAUGGUAUGGUAUGGUAUGAUAUGGUAUGGUAUGAUAUAGUAUAGUAUGGUAUGGUAUGGUAUGGUAUGGUAUGGUAUGAUAUAGUAUGGUAUGAUAUAGUAUAGUAUGAUAUAGUAUAGUAUGGUAUGGUAUGGUAUGGUAUGAUAUAGUAUAGUAUGAUAUAGUAUAGUAUGGUAUGGUAUGGUAUGGUAUGAUAUAGUAUGGUAUGAUAUAGUAUAGUAUGGUAUGGUAUGGUAUGGUAUGGUAAGGUAUGGAUGGUAUGGUAUGGUAUGGUAUGAUAUAGUAUGGUAUGAUAUAGUAUAGUAUGGUAUGGUAUGGUAUGGUAUGGUAAGGUAUGGAUGGUAUGGUUUGGUAUGGCAAGGUAUUGUAUAGUGUGGUAUGACAUGAUGUGAUAUGAUAUUGUAUAAAUGAUAUAUAAAUACCAUACCAUACCAUAUUACACCAUACCAUAUCAUGUCUUUACCAUACCAUAUCAUGUCUUUACCAUACCAUACCAUACCAUACCAUACCAUACCAUACUAUACCAUACCAUACCAUACCGCACCGCACCAUACAAUGCCUUACUUAAACUUAUCACAUUUCAUGUAAUUUGUUCUCUAGUCAAGUGAGCAAAGACUUCUAUCGUGUGAUUCACUCUAUGCACGCAUCAAUGGAAGAGGUACACAUUUUUAUAUUAAAUAUUUAUACAUAAAUUUCUCAGACUCAUU